CCCCAAAAAAAUAUUGUACGUCACUUUUUUAGAAGGCUAUGGAUUAGCGGCCGAUAGUGUUUUCUAUAAUUGAAAAGUAUUUAUUUUACUCUAGGUUUAGCUUAGCUCUCGUAGUUAUAAACUAAUAAAUAGUAGGCAAAACAUGUCGUAUUCAAAUAAAUACAUUUUCGCGGCUCUUCCGAGGACGCAGCGCGGUACACCGCUUGUUUUGGGCGGUGAUCCGAAGGGCAAAAAUUUCCUGUACACGAACGGAAAUUCGGUGAUUAUCCGCGAUAUUGAGGAUCCGGCGAUUGCCGAUGUGUACACGGAGCACUCCUGCCAGGUCAACGUGGCCAAAUAUUCCCCGAGCGGCUUCUAUAUCGCUUCAGGAGACGCCUCAGGCAAAAUCCGCAUCUGGGACACCGUGAACAAGGAGCAUAUCCUCAAGAAUGAGUUCCAGCCGAUCGGUGGACCUAUCAAGGACAUCGCAUGGAGUGCGGACAGCCAGAGAAUGGUCGCUGUUGGUGAAGGCAGGGAGAGAUUCGGCCACGUGUUCAUGUCCGAGACGGGCACCUCCGUCGGCGAGAUCAGCGGGCAGUCCAAGCCCAUCAACUCGGUGGACUUCCGUCCCGCGCGUCCGUUCCGGAUCAUCACGGCCUCCGAGGACAACACGCUGGCUGUGUUCGAGGGGCCGCCGUUCAAGUUCAAGUGCACUAAACAGGAGCAUUCCCGCUUCGCGCAGGCGGUCCGCUACAGCCCCGAUGGUAGUCUGUUCGCGUCGGCCGGGUUCGAUGGCAAGAUCUUCCUUUUCGAUGGCGCUACUUCUGAACUUAAAGGAGAGUUCGGGUCUCCCGCCCACAAAGGCGGAGUGUACGGCAUCGCUUGGUCCCCGGACGGCAAGCAGCUGCUCUCGUGCUCCGGAGACAAGACCUGCGCCGUGUGGGACGCCGCCACCAUGGAGAGGACCAUACUCUUCAACAUGGGCAACGCUGUGGAGAACCAGCAGGUAUCAUGCCACUGGCAAGGCAAGCACCUGAUCACCGUCUCCCUGUCCGGAGACAUCAGCUACCUGGACCCCGAGAACCCAGACAAGCCUCUCCGGGUCCUCACCGGCCAUAACAAGCCCAUCACCUGCCUGGCUCUACAUCCGGACAAGCACACUGUUUAUACGGCUAGUCAUGACGGAAAUGUCACUGCUUGGAAUGUUGCUACAGGCGAAGGCCAACAUAUCCAAGGCCAAGGCCACGGCAACCAGAUCAACGGCAUGCGCGCCGGCAAAGAUGGUUCCCUGCUCACGUGCGGCAUAGACGACUCGCUGCGCCGCGCCGUGCCCAAAGCUGAAGGCGAGGUGCCGACGUACACGGAGGCGGCCGUGACGCUGGGUUCGCAGCCGCGCGGCAUGGACCACAUCCUUGACGAUGACACCACCAUCAUCGCCACCGUCAAGGAGCUGUGCGUAGUGAUCGGCGGCAGCAAGCAGUCGGCGAUCCCCCUCAGCUUCGAGCCGACAUGCGUCGCCAUCGACCCUAAGAGCCGGCACGUGGCUGUUGGAGGAGCGGACAACAAAGUUCGCCUGUUCACCCUGGACGUCCGCACCCUGACCCCGGGCGUCAUCCUGGAGCACCUCGGGCCCGUCACCGACGUCCGUUUCAGCCCCGACUCGGCCUAUCUAGUCGCCAGCGACGCCAAUAGGAAAGUCAUCCUGUAUAGCACUGAAGAAUACAAGCCGGCGCACAACAAGGAGUGGGGCUUCCACACGGCGCGCGUCAACUGCGUGGCGUUCAGCCCGGACUCCAAGCGCGUCGCGUCCGGCUCGCUCGACACCAACAUCAUCGUGUGGAGCGUACCCAACCCCGGCAAGCACAUCAUUAUCAAAAACGCGCAUCCACAGAGCCAGAUCACGGGCGUGGCGUGGCUGGACGAUGAGACCAUCGUGUCCGUGGGACAGGACGCCAACACGCGCGUGUGGACCGUGCCUCAAGCAUAAACACACAGACACACACACAAACAUACGGGG